CCCUUUAAACAGUGCAGCCGCGGCCGCAGGGAGAGAGAGACAGCGCAGCGUCUGAGCCAGAGUCUGUCCCAGAGCCAGUGCAAACCCUCGGUGGUGCCUUGUUGUUGUUGCUGCAUUCCUCUGCUGUCCCUGCAAAGAUCUAAAGAUGCAGACCCCGGGCCAGAAACGAGGUAACCGUUCGAAUGCCUCCACCCCGCUGAGUCCCACCAAGAUUAGCCGGCUGCAGGAGAAAGAGGACCUGCAGAACCUGAAUGACCGUCUGGCAGUUUACAUCGACAAGGUGCGCUCCCUGGAGGCAGAGAAUGCUGGACUGCGCCUGCGAAUCUCCGAGUCCGAGGAGAUCACCAGCCGCGAGGUGGUCAACAUCAAGGCCAUGUAUGAGAACGAGCUGGCGGAUGCCCGCAAGACCCUGGACAACGUGGCGAAGGAGAAAGCCCGCAUGCAGCUGGACCUUGGCAAGCUCCGUGAGGAGUUCAACGAGCUGAAGACGCGGGCUGGGCCAAAGACAGAGACUGAGGAAGGGGGUGUCUCGGAGGAGAAUUCUAAAAGCCAGGGUCAAACGUCACUUGAGAUACUGGGUGAGCUGGGAGGUGCCUGGUUUCUGCGUCUGAACAGUCUGAUCUAUCCAUGUGUCGAGUUAGAUAGUGAAAGAAUGUCAGUAGUUUACAGCAGGAUUGCAAGUCUCCAGUUUAGCACGGGCACCCUGUCUCCAACAUUCCCCAGCCCUGGCUUUUGUACUCCUUCCCAAAGUCUGGAUUCCGAAACUGGCUCGUGAUGAUCCAGUUCGGAGCGUCACUGAAUAGUUCAGGAAGAUCCUGCGCUAAACCUCCAGUCCUGGAUGGAGCCCUGAAGCAGGCAUGCUUCACAUUAACAAAAGCAGUGGAAAGAGAGGGAUUGGCGUCUGUGCAGCUUAAACACUAUCCCACAAAUAAAAUCCCAAACACUCACAAUCACACACAGUCUGUCUCUCUGGCUGUCUGUGUCUGUCUCUCGCUCUCUGUGUCUCUCGUCAGAAGGACAGAUGGGAAAACUGGUGUCUGGUCUGUGUGUGUGAGAGAGAGACAGCAUCCAUCUCUCUCUGUCUGCAGGCUCUAGCUGUUUUCCCCACUCUCUGAUACUCCUGGCACUUGCAGCUUUCUAACCCACUGUGGCUCAACCAAUCUGAGGGCUAUUGCCAGGCAGAAUUUCCUUUUAACCUUGAACAGUCGGCAAUACCACCCUAGGCGGGUGCAGUUGGAUCUGGAGCUGGUAU